CAAGAUGUCUUCCUUUGUCAAAAUAGCCCUCGUUUUCUCAUCUAUGGUGUCCAUCCAUGUUGGACUGACUCCUCCAAAUCGUCCUCCCCCGGUGGAUGUUCAGUUCAUACCCCCCGAGAAAGGGUCGGUUCGGACCAGUGAGGUCGUUCUGAGACGAAUAUUGUCUUCAGGUGGCCCGGCGACCUACUUCAAGGCACUGUUCUGGACUUUCUGCACGCUAGAAUCCAUACUUAUCCUCUCCGUAACUUAUCCCAAGUCGCCUGUAUCGCAGCUCAUGGCGACUCUCUUCCCCACCUCAACCGCCAUAUGCCAUCCAACACCCUUCGCCGUCAUCUGUACCCUCAUCACGCUCUCCGGAGGCUUCCUUCGCGUGCAUUGCUUCCGCGCUUUGGGGAAAUUCUUUACCUUCGAGCUUUCUCGGCAGGAGAACCAUAAGCUCAUCACCUCGGGAGCGUACUCCCAUGUCCGACAUCCUUCCUAUCUAGGUGCGCUCCUCACGUUCGCCGGUGCCAUGCCGCUUUUCGCAGGCCCAGGCUCGUGGGUAUGGGAAAGCGGUAUCCUCAGAACCAUUUGGGGCGUUGCGGGGCUCGCCUUGUGGUACGGAGGAAUCGUCCUCAUGCUAGGAACGUUGAUGUUCAGGCUGAAAAGUGAAGACGAGUUCAUGCGGAGAGAGUUUGGAAAGGAAUGGGAAAAAUGGGCCGAUGAGGUGCCAUACCGGUUGAUUCCACUGAUUUACUGAAUGCAAAUAGAGGAGCAUCAUGAUUAUUUUCGUACAGUACUAAUUGAUGGUUGCAAACUUUAGCUUCGGCGGUCCGGACCGUUGCCAUGAAUGUUCUUGCACAUAAAAGCCAUACCCACCCCUAUCGUCAGUUGAAUGAGUGGCGUGGGGGCACAUCGUCGAGUUCUCUGGUCUCCAUCAGGUGUUCCUAUUCCAACACGAUAACCCUGUAAAGAUGGCUGAGUUUCUGACUGUCUGGAUUGUCCCUACGGCUGCAUUUCCAACUACAAAAGUUCC